AUGAAGUUCAGUAUACCCACUGAAACAGAUACAUAUGUGCUGGAUGACACUGGAACAGAGGUCGAUGAAAAGGUCUUCAGUGACAUUCUGGAGGAAAAAAACGACAUCCUGUGGACCGUUGUUGACACUCUUUCAGUCACUGAUGGUAAGUGGUCAUUUGAUCAAAUUGUACUUUGCAAGGUUACAGUAUUACAACACAAAAACUACUGGUUCUCAGCAAUAUCCUGUUUAAAUUAAAUUUUUUCAAUAAGUUAGAAUUUGUUUUUCAUUGUUUUCAGAACCAAUCCAUUUACCUAUGAAACAUGUCAACUAGAAUACUGACCUGAGCACUCAGUUACCAACUGUCAUGGACUAAAUUGCUUAAUAUGUGGCCGUAUCAACCACAACUGAUUGUAGCCUAUUACUGGUAUUAAAAAACAAAAGCAGAUGCACAGUUUUACCAUCCCAUGCUCUCACCUACUCUUAAUUGAAACUGUGGGUCAAUUAAUGAAAUCAUCAGUAAAACAUGUUUUUGAAAAUGAUGUGCUCCCUCUUUUCAGACUCUGCUGCAUCUUCAUGCACAGACACCUUGUCACUAUCAUCACGCUCAUCAGAGAGUGAUACUUUUCUGAUGUCUCUGAAAAGACACAACAUUGAUGACAUCUUUCUGACGUCUCCAAAAAGACCAUGCAUUGAUGAUGGCAUUCCAAAGACCCAAAAAAGUCAGCAUAUUGAUGACGGUUCUUCACAGGCCAAAGAGGUGAGUUUUUUUUUUGUUCAUUCUUUUGCCAUGUUAUAGAUGUGUUUUUGACAUCAACAUUUUUUGUUUGGCUUAUUUUUAUUUGUUUUUAAGCUUGUCAAGAGAGUUCUGGAACAAAAGCCCGGAGGGGAGAAAAUACUUAAAGAAUAUGCAACAAAAGGAGAGAUGAAGGAUCAAACACCGUGAACUUGUCAACAUUGUUGUCACUGAUAUGUUGGAAAAGUAUGGGUAAGUCAAAUGCUUCAUCGUGCACGAUUCAGUCGAGUAUAUUCAUAGUAUUUGAUUGUUCAUAAAAAAACAGGUGGUUGUAAUCAAAUGAGAUUAUCAGCAAAGGACAACAAUGGCCAGUAAAGUGUGGCCUUGCACCUUAUGGCUAAGUAAUGCCAUGAAAAUAUCAAUAUUCUAAUCUAAACUAAUCAUUACCAAUCUGCAAGACACACACAGCCAUGCAACUUGAAUAUUGCUUAGUAGUUUAUUUGAGUUGACAUGUCUAGGGUCCCCAUUGUAAAUUGUCAUACAGCCUUUUUCCCUGUCAAUGCAACUAUCGUUUACUCCCACAGAAGAGCUCCGCCAAAGGACAAAAGAACACAAUAUGCAUUGGGGAUUGUGACACUGUUCCCUUUUCUAAAAGAUCCCUACUCGAAAAUGGGCUAUGUGAGUAUAUAUUUUAAAGAGAAGUUAACCAACCUUUUUCAAAUUAUGAUAAUAAAAAUAUUGUUGUUUCAUAGGAGCAAUAGAGACAGGUUUUUCUUGUAGAGGCAGCAAGGGGGGCAAUUAACAUUCUUCAAAAUGGAAGUCAAUUCAGUACUGUGUUAAGCAUAAUAUUUUGUUUGUAAAGUUUGUUGAUAAAUGAAUAAUGUUUUGAUGCAUUUUCUAUCUUAUAGUUCCUUUCACUAUGUGUCUGAUCAUGCUUAAAUUUCUUAAUUUUUUUAUCAACAUUGUUUUUAGGAGCAUUUCUAUGAUGCAGAUAGCAACAAGGGCUACAUUGCUUGGAAGCUCAAAAACACACAGCGAGAACUCAGCAGCAGCAGUAACAGUGGAGUUCGGAGAAGGAGGUCUCAGAGUUCAGACAGCAGUGGACCGGAGUUGGAGAGGGAAGUAACUAAAGAGCAACAGCUGGAGGGAGACCAGUGCUGCGAGGCCAUAUCUCUACUGAAACACAGCACCGACAAAGAACAGAGGUCUGUACUACGAAGCUGGAUUUGGUCUUAGCGAGAUAACUUCUAGGUUUUACGUACAACAAAGGUGGAUCUCUUUUUAUCCGGGUCCGUUGCCCCGGUAACUUACGCGGAACGCCAAACCUGCUCCGGAGAGGGUUAUGUUUCAGGAUAAGAGCUCAGCAGGUAUAAAAGACCGCCCAGUGACCAAUCGGAUCUCUUGGAAAAUGGCUUGCCCACUUUUGCCAGAUCCCGGGGACAUCGUUGCACGGAUAGUGAGAAGAGCGCUUCGCGUUUAUUCACGAUCGUUCAAGUCUAAGCAAUGCACUGAUAUUUGCCAAGCUCCAGGUUCCAAUUUCAUGCAGCAUAUCAGUCAUCAUUCAGAAUUUAUUGAAGCAGAUUGGAAAACUCCUCUUAACCCCAAAUGUAUCUGCAGAUGACAUGUGACCAUCAGAUGAUGAAGAAAAAAAAAAGGCAGUGUGAGGAAAUCACUGUUUACGUGUUGAAAUAUGUACAAAUAAAAUCUUCCAAUAAACUUACAAACUACUUAAAAGGAUGUUUUUAGAUUUACUUUUAUUUGCUCCCAUAUAAUCUUUUCCCCACUGCUGUUGUAUCUGAAAUAAUGAGGUCAUUGAUGGAGGUGAUCACACACGCUGCAUGACAACAUAUUAUUAUUUUUAUAUUAUUUCAUUUUUUUUUUUUUUUGCCAGCAGUCCCUCCAGUUUUUAGCGGCUGUGGCUGUCCUGCUCCUCACUGUUAUAAUGUUUCGGUACUCCUCGUAAAAUAAUGCUCUGUUCUUCGGCUGUGAAAAAUGACGUGCAGCCUUCUCCAUUGUGGAGAUUGGUCCGGUGGAACUGACCCCACCCCCUUUACGUGUGCGCGCACAGAUCUGAAGAGGCCACACCUGGAUUAAGUUAUCGAGUUGAUAACCGGCUUCGUAGUACAGCUGAUCGGGAUCGCGGAGAUCCAGUGAAGUUGAGCAAGUUGUCGCAGAGUUAUCCUGGAUGUGUUAAUCCAGCUUUGUAGUACAGGGGCCUGUUCUAUGAAGCAAGUUCAACCUAGCGAGGUAGUCUUGGAGCUACCUCGCUCAACUUAGCGCGGUAGCCAGCGGUCUCGCUACACGGUUUUACGACGCUGUUUAUCAACCUCAUAAGUGGAUCCAGCUUUGCUAUGAGCGCGUGCACACAUAUAAGGCGGAGUCCGCCGCAUCUAACCAAUCGCGAACAUGGAUCAGUCUGGAGCGUCAGAGCAGGCUGGAGAGUGAAAGACCGCAGACUUUACAAACGAGGAGCAGGAGACAAUCAUGAGAAAGUAUGAAGAAUUCAAAGCUACCAUAAACCUCAAAAGCAACACCGUCGCCGCUGCAAAAGCACGGAGUGAAUGCUGGCAGAAAAUGCAUCUUUGAUGCCAUUAUCACCCUGAAAUAGCACUGUUCAACAUGCGCUUUUAACGAAGGUGACAGUCCCUGAAUUGGAUGAUCUGUCCCCGAUUUAAGCGUUUCAUGAAUGAGAACAAAAAUGUUGCAUGUGGGGAAGAACAACGGUUGUUACAGUAGGUAGGAAACACAAGUAAGCAGUCCUGAACAACAGUAUUUACGGGGGUUAUUAUAAGGGGCAUGUGCUGCUACUAAUAGUACCGAGAUGUUGUCUGUGAUCACACAGCCCAUGCAGCUCAUGCCCAUUCAUUUCCAAGAUGAAUCAUUCAUUUGUUCAUUCCUAUCGUGUUUACAUUUUUUGUGUGAUAUGUAGGCCAUAUGAGCCUUUCAUAAAGGUGGUCAUCCGGAAAAGUACAUGGGUCCGUGCGGUCCCUGUAAACUCUCGCGCGCCGGAGUGCUCCUCCUCGGACAAUGCGAGCACCGAGGUUUACAGGAUCCUCCAAGAACGGACAAGCCGUUUUUCGAGAGAGCUCAUUGGUCAGUGGGUGGGGUUUUUAUGCUCGGUGAGUUCAAUCUGGAACUUAACCUGCCCCGGAGCAGGUUAGCCGUUCAGCGUAUGUUGCUAUGGAGACUCGCCUCGCUAAGAAGUGAACCCGCGUCGUAGAACAGGAAACCCCGAACUUACCCUCGAAGUUACCUCGCUAAGCAGUAAUCCUGCUUCGUAGAACAGGCCCCAGGCCUCAGAUCUUCACAAGAAUGAGAACAACCUUCCAACACAGACAAAAGUUGAUCCAUGAUCCUGAGCGAUGCAGCACAGUGCUUACAGUUUUCCCAAGGUUCCUUGACACAAAAGGCCUUGUAAGUUCAUGUGAAUUAUGUUAAUGUUUUUUUUUUCAUCAAUAACAGCUUUGUAAAGAUUAAAAUAGUAACUUCCUUCCAUUGCCACCAUCAUCAAGUACACCUGCACUUGCUUCUUCUCCUUUAGGCUCUACUUUGAGCUGUUGUUUGGAGCAGAGACUUCAUCAAAAUUCUUGGAGAAGUGGGGAACACUCCUGAAGGCGAAAAUAAUCGAGCAAGCCAAAAACCUCAGUAAGACACCCCAGCUUGACUAUCUCAUUCAGUCGGCAGACAAGAACCCUGAUGAGGAUGACGAGGUCCCAGGUAAGUGACAUAAAUGAAUUCCCUGUGUAUAUCUGCCCACCAUUUCAGAUGUUGUCUUAUUGUAUUUACUGUGAUAUGGUUGUGCUAAUAGCACUUUUAUUGACAAGAGCCUUAUGAAUGUUUAUAUUGAUUUGUCAGGUGCAUCUCAUGCUGAAAUUAGAGUUUCUCCUCCCCUCUUCUCAGGUUGGGAUAGUGACAUGGCCUCAAUCCUCCUGCUGGUCUACCUCCUGCCACCAAGUGGAAAGAAGGGAGCCAUGGAGAUCAGUAUCCAGGAAGCUGUGGAUUGUGUAGUGAAGUUUCAUAAGGUUGGUGUAUCCUGAUUUCCAUUUUGAAACAAUCCAAUAUCAACGAGUGGAAUCCACACUCCAAAAACAAAUUAAUGUUAUGACCAAUUAUCAUUUCUCUUGAUACAAAGGGACUUUCCCAAGUAGAUUUUCUCACAGGGAGAGAGAGUCACAAGAUGGGGUAGCAUGACAACAUACUGGAUAAAGUAAAUUUCAGUCAGCAAAUAUCCGGAUCUAAGAAUAUAGUUAAGGGUUUACUUAAUCUGUUGGCAAUAAAUAUAAACACAUUUUUAUAAUUGCGGUACUUUAUAAAUAGCAAUACAUAUAAACACAUUUUUAUAAUAUAAAUAGCAAUUAACAAAUUCAUUUACAUCUUUAAUUAAAAUUUUGAUUUAUUCUUUUUUCUUUUUCCUUUUGAAGUGAUUCUCUAACUGUGCUAUCAGAUUUCUGUCUGACUUAUCCAUAAAAAAUGAUGUAUAGCGUAGUUAUACUUUUGAUUGUUAUCUUGCAGGCGGGUCGCAGCCUUCAGGAGCACUCUGGUCCAGCCCAGCGGAGGCUACCCUACACCCUGGCAGUUGGCAUGACAAGGAACAACAUCCAUGACUACUACAUUGCGAUGGAUGGUGAGCUCCAUCCUUGCAAGGCCAAGUCUUCCCUGUCAGCCUUUGAUGAACUUUUCAAGACACAUUAUGUGUUUGGUAUCUCCUAUGACCAGGCCCUAAACAGCAUGUUCACGUUUGUGCAAACCACCAUUUGCAAUAUUGAUGUAGGGCUUUCUCAUGAAACUCCCAGAGUCAAGGACCUUAGGGCAAAGCUCCUCAACUGAAGUUGCGAUGUACAAAUGCUUUGUUUGCCAGUCUACUUUUGUCACCAUCCAGCAGUUGCUUCGUCAUCUCAAACUUACACAUGCCUUUUUUCCCGGCAAGAAGUUUCAUUUGGUGUGUGGCCAGAAUGGAUGCCGCCAGAGAUUUUGCACUUUUUCAGGCUUCAGGAAACAUCUCCAUUAUAAGCAUAGUCCUGAAAGUCUAGUUCAAAUUGAUAAUGAAUCUGUCACUCCUUCAGUUGUUGUAUCUGAUCAGCAAACAAUGUCAGCUUUAAUUUCAGAGCAACCAGUGAAUUCUCAAAGCUGUAAUGAGACUAGGCAACAACAUACCCAAUAAAUGUGUGCUUCCCUUAUUGCAAAACUCCAAAGCUCUGGUGUGGCUACUAAUGUCAUGAUGACUGUUGUUGAAAGUAUGGAGGAGCUUAUAGAGGAACUGCAUUCGGACGGAGCACUACCGCAGGUCAUUCCUGCCCUCUGCAAUAAGACUUUACAAUGAACUGUAAUAAUAACUGGAUUUACACCACCACUUUUUUCUGGCAUUUAAAUUGUGUAUAUUGUAGAUAGUUUUAUUUUUCUUCUCCCUUUUUCCUUUUUCUAAUUUUUUUCUUAAUUAUUACAUUUAUUUAAGUUCUUAAUAUUAGGAUCUUUAUUUUUAUAACUGCAUUUUUGCACUCUUUGUCUGUGAUGCUGCUGUGACAAAAAAAUUUCCCCCAUGGGGGAUCAAUAAAGGAAUAUUCUAUUCUAUUCUAUUCUUCUUCUUCUAAAUGUUAAAGAUGAUGUUGUAAAAUUACUCCCCAAUGUUGAGGACAUUAUUACAAAAGUUGAUGAUUAUUUUGAAAGCCUUGACAAUCCAUUUAGCAAACUGAACACUGAGACAAAAUGGAAAAAACAUUUCAAUGAGAAAUGGGGUCUUGUAGAACCUGUUGAGGUCGCUCUAGGGGUGAGGUAUGACACCAGAAGGAAUCGAACCACUGGCACAUACGAUCAUGUUCCUGUGGCAGACAAAUUUGUGUACAUUCCUCUAUUGGAAACGCUGAAGUUUAUAUUCAACAACAGGGAGAUUUUAAAUCAUAUUUUGCAGCCUUGUGAGAAGACUGGGUUUUAUAAAGAUUUCUGUGAUGGGAGCUAUUUUAAAGGUCACUCUCUCUUCUCUAAAAAACCAAACUCUCUCCAAAUACAGAUAUUCUAUGAUGAUUUUGAAGUGGCAAAUCCACUAGGAUCCAGACAUGGCAUCCAUAAGAUUGGAAGUAUAUACUUUAUUUUACAAAAUCUGUCUCCAAAGAUAAACUCAGCACUUAUGAAUAUUAAUCUUUUGGCACUUUUUCAUACAGAGGAUGUAAAGAAGUAUGGAUUUAAUGUUAUCUUAGAACCCCUCGUACAAGAUCUGAAAGUGCUUGAGUGUACAGGAGUUGAAGUUCCUUUCUCUGAUGAAGCAGUUUGUGGAACAAUUGCACAGGUGACUGGGGACAAUUUGGGAUUGCACUCACUACUUGGGUAUGUAUAAUCAUUCAGUUCAAACUAUUUUUGCCGCUUUUGUCUGGUAGACAAACAAACCUCACAGACAGUUUUCAGUGAUGAUGAUCCAAGAAUAACACUCUGCAAUAAAGUACUGCAUGCUCAGCAUUGCAAUGACUUGAAAGCAGAUCCUACACUGCCAUCAACAUUUGGAGUGAAGCGAACAUGUUUACUCAAUGAUCUACAGUACUUUGAUGUUUCUGAUAACUAUGCUGUAGACAUUAUGCGUGAUAUAUUGGAAGGAGUUGGGCAGUUUGAGCUAAAGUUGCUUUUUGGUUACCUCUCAGACAACAACAUCAUAUCCAAGACAGAUAUUUGUAGCAGGAUAUAUUCAUACAAUUAUGGCUUUGUUGAGAGAAAAAAUCGAGCAACCAGAGUAAACUUGGAGCAGACUGGAAAUGGAAUUGGUCUCAGUGCCAUUCAGACACUUUGCUUGAAUGUGCCCUUGAUAUUUGGAGAUGUUGUACAAGAAGGAAAUGCACAUUGGAGACUCUUGCUGCUUCUGCUGCAAAUCAUGAACAUCACAUUUUCUCCCAUCAUUACUGAUGGUAUGACAGUAUGUCUGAGGCAUCUCAUUCUUGAACAUCAUAAACUUUCAAAGAGCUUUAUUCACAUCGCAAACAUCACUUCAUGAUUCAUUACCCCAGAUCCAUUCGAAAAAUAGGUCCAAUUCUUCAUGUUUGGGCAAUGAGGUUCGAAGCCAAACACAGGUUUUUUAAGAACACAAUCAACAAUUCAAAAAUAUAACGAAGUCAUGAGCUAAAAAACAUCAGAUGGCUGUGGCAUACCACUGGGAAUCAAUGCCAUUUGAAAGUAUUAACUGUGGUCCAGUAAAAACUGUUCAGCUUAAUGCCUUGGCAAAUGGUGAAAUAAUUGCUGAAGAACAGCAGGUUGACUUGGACUGUGAAGUUGGUGUGACAUCUUGGAUCACUUGUUUUGGGACAGAGUAUCGCCCAGGCAUUCUGGUUUGUUCAAACAUAGAGGAGGAUUUCCCAGUACUUAGUCAGAUAAAAGACAUUGUUUCAUUUGAUGGACACUGUUUUCUUGUAGCAGAAGAUUUUGAGACACUUAGUUUUGUAGAGCAUUUUCAUUCUUUUCAUGUCAGACAGGGAAAUCCUGAGAAUGUAUCCAUGCUGAAAGUUGAUGAGUUGCUCCUGUUUAAGCCAUUUGAUCUGCAGACAACGUAUGGUUUUGACAGAAAUGAUCAGUAUGUGGUGCCUGUGCAUGUUUUUGUAUAAGAAAUGUGUCACUGUAGUGGUAACAUGCUUUUUUUCAUCUUGGCAAUUAUUUUUGCAAAAAUGUCCAGGUUUUUUUUGCACCAUGGCUCCAUAACUUAAGACAUGUGUAUGUCCUUCUAACAAGAGUUGACUGUUAACUUCAGUAACAUUAAGACAAUAUACUUGUUAGAAUCUGUGGUAAUAAUUAUUAUAGCAAUAAUAAUAAUAAAGAUGUUAUAUUUUAUAUAUAAGAAACUCUUGUGUGGACCAUAUAUUCCUGAAGUGUUUAAUAAUUAACCUCAAAAGUGUUGGGUGUACACCAGUCAUAGAGUACAUUCUCACUCUCAGAGUGUUAAAUAAUCAGCUCUGCAAAGUACUAUAAAUUACUUGAGAGUAUAUCUUUUUCUCUCUGGGAGUUCUAGGUUUACACUGCAAGUUUUAAAAAGCACCAAUUGACGGAGUACAAUUGCACACUCAGAGGGUUCAAGUCUAACUCUUUAUUUUGAGUAUAUAUUUUACACUGUUGUCGGUGUUCAGUGAACACCAAACUCUUGGACCUAUAUACAUAGAAACUGGAGUUAAAUGUACACUUAUAGUGUACAAUAUACACUGUGAAUUUUGCAGUGUAUUGUUGCUGUUUUCUCACUGAGUCAGAGGGUGGCAUACCUUAGUGUUGUUGCAGUCCAUUUUAAUCUCUUUGGAUUAAGCGCAGCCACUUGUUGCUCUGUGGAGCUGACAUCCUGCACACAGUCCGGCACCAUUAUAAAGCUGAUUCAGCAACUUCAUAAGAGGCUGAUAUCAAUACUUCUGUGUCUCAUUUACACUGAAGGAUCAAGCUAAGAUUUUUUUUUUUUAAAUAUUAAUUGAAGUAAAGGAAACAUUUAAAUGUAAGUAAUUCAAGGAAAACCACUUGGAGGACUGUCAGAGGACAUUAAUGUCUCCUCUAAUGUUUGUGGUUCAUUUCCAGAGUGCAUUCAUUGAGAUUACAAAUUGCACCUCCUCUCAGUAGCCUGCUUUUUAAAAUGCUAUGGUUUAGUAUGUGAAAUGAUAUGUGUAUGUAUGUUUAGGUUUCAGACCAGCAUUUACCUUUUCCAUACAACAAACAAAAGACACUUUCAGACAGGAGGGAGAGGGGCCUCAGCGCUCCAAUCUCCUCUAAUUUCCAGUGGCUUUUUCACCUCAUGUUUGUGUUAGAUAUGUUACCCACACACACACGCUCACCACAAGUUCUCAAGAAGGUGAAAUUGGCCAUGCAACCAACACAUUUAAGCUGCUGUGA